AUGAGUAAAUCGUCUAACCAUAAACAUGUCCGUGUCAAAGCACACGAUGAGCCGCCGUACGACAACAUUGGUAACAUGCAGAGAACCGAACAGGCAGACCAGGAAUUUGAGGGUAUAAUAAAAAAUUUCGCAAAGGCACAGAACCUGAGAGAGUACAACGGAAACCAGAAGGGGAGGGAAGCCCUGGAAUGGCUAGAAUCUCUUAUAGUUUAUGAAGAGGAAUGGAGCAGCCAAAAGCUUCUAAAACAGAUUGCAGUGCUUUUAAAAGGCAAGGCCAAAAUUUGGUUUAAGGCACUUGAAAAUGAUGAGAUCACAAAUUUCGAAGAAUUUAAGGUCAGAUUCAAAGCAAAAUACGGGAAUCAGGAAGACAAGAACAUCGAAACUAUUAACCUGUUUAAGAUAUUGAGUGACGGUCCAAGAAAUACUCUUUCGGAAUGGAUCUUACUGAUCAAAUGGAAGAACAAAAAUGCCAAUCUUGAAUUUGACGUAAUCAGAUCAGCUGUCAAUCAACACGUGUACAGUCAGUAUCACGAGGUAUUUGACAGGUGUGAGAAUAUCCUGGAAAUGGCUGAAAAAGCGGAGGAAAACAACAUCAGAUCAAUUAAUCAGAUCAAGAACAAAGUUAACAAUAGACCUCCAAAACAUGGAAGAUACAAAUCUGAGCAGCACAAUGAUCAAAAAAGACAUAGAUUAACUGAUCAAAAGGAAGAAUCACGAAAUAAGGGAAAUAGUCAGGUCAGAUGCUAUGAAUGUGGUGGUGAUCACUACAGAUCAAGUUGCCCGAAAUUGGCUAGAAGACCUGAACCCAAACGCGUCAAUGCAACAACAAAGAUGAAAGAUGAUGAUCAUAUCAAAGAUAAUCACAGAUCAGUCAAUAAUCUCGAAUUAGAGGUGAGCGACAAAGAGGUCGAGAAUACGGGAUCAGGUAUCGUGAUCAAGGAUAAACAUGUGUUCGCGCUAAUCGACACUGGAGCAAACUGCUCGUUUAUAGCCCCACGGGUGGUGGAUGCACUUAAUCUAGAAAAGAUCAGUUGUGAUCAGAUUAGAGUGAAGACGGCAAGUCAAGAGCUUAGCUGGUUAAAGUACAAGAUACGGUUGACAGUCCAGGUGGGACAGGAUCAGUUUGAUCAUGAGGUCUACGUAUUCAAUGAAAUGAACCAAGACGUGAUCUUGGGGAUGGAUUUCCUGAGGAAGGCAGAUGGACUUGUGGAUGCAGUCGGCAGCACAGUUCGCCUUAACUCGCUGACUUUCAACAUGAUUGAUCGUAAUCAGCUGAUCAGAUCCCACGAUGAUCUUGAUCUGAAAGAAAAGGAAGAAAGAACAAUCCGCGUUAUUGUCCAGGGAGUGGGAAGAUCUGAGUAUCUGAGAGAUGAUCUCGUCGGAGUACCCUCCCUAGUGAGUAAAGAGUCACCAUAUCUGACUAUAAAGGUUCUGAAGCGAACCAUGAUCCAACGGGAUGACAUCAUCGGUACGAUCAAAUUCGUAGAUGUCGGGAUCAAAGAGGUACAACACCUCGAAAUCGACAAAUAUGUCAAUAGGGACAUCUACUCAGCACUCCUGAGCUAUGAUCAAAAACUUAGAUCAUUAGAUGGUUUCAGGAAGUUACCUGAACACGCUAUCAGGGUGAUUCCAAACGUGUCCUCGACUUUCAUCAGGCAGUAUCGGCUGAAUCAAGAAAAGAUCAGCGAGGUCGUCAAACAAACUAAAGAACUUGUUGACAGAGACCGAAUACAAGAAUCGUGUUCCCAGUGGAACUUUCCACUCGUGUUGGUUAAGAAGAAAAACGGAAAAUGGCGCAUGUGCGUAGAUUUUAAGAAACUAAAUGACGUGACGACGGACGAAAAGUGUAGUCCUCCACUCAUUGAAGACUGCUUGGAUGCGUUGGCUGGUGCCACGGUAUUCUCGACGUUGGAUCUCGACAGUGGUUACCACCAGAUCCGGAUGGACCGAGACAGUAGCAAGUAUACGGCAUUCACAACGCCUAUUGGCCGAUUCGAGUACAAGGUGAUGCCUUUCGGCCUCAAGAACGCACCGGCCUGCUUUCAGUCCAUUAUGUUUAACGUCCUGCAGAAGUUCAUUAACAAGACUUGCAUCGUCUACCUCGACGACAUUAUCAUUUACAGCCAUGGUAUUGAACAACAUGUACAGCAUGUCCGUGAGAUCCUGUUGGAAUUAGCAAACUACGGCUUGCGGCUGAAUUUUGACAAAUGUGAAUUCGCUCUUGAGGAGGUAAGUUUUUUGGGGUUCACCAUAGGGAACAAUUCUGUCAGACCGAAUGACAGCAAAAAGAAAACAAUUUUAGCGGCCAUAGCCCAAUGUAAUACCCAUAAGAAGCUUCAUAGCAUCUUAGGAAUGCUGGGAUACUUUAGAUCGUUUAUUCAUGGCUUCACUAGCCGAACGCGUCAUAUGUAUCAGAUCAUCAACCAAAAGAGUGAAUUGAAUAUACCAAUGAUCCAGAAGCAGUUAACGGACCUGACAACUGCAGUAUUCUCAGAAGGCUUUCUACAGCUCCCUGACAUCAACAAACCAUUUAUUAUUGAGACUGAUGCCUCAGGCAUCGGGAUAGGAGGCGUUCUCAAACAGUCCCAAAACAAUUCUGAGAAAUGUAUCAGGUUCGUCUCUCGAACCCUGAGACCCGACGAACAGAAAUGGUCUGCGACAGACCUGGAGGCCCUUAGUAUUAUAUACUGCAUCAAGAAGUUUCAACAUUAUCUCCAUGGGCGCUUCACGUUGCGCACAGACCAUAAGCCUCUGCUCCAACUACAGAGCAUGAAAGACCCCGUAGGCAAAUAUGCCAGGUGGAGGAUGUUCCUCAAUCAAUUUUCUUUCGACACAGUCCAUAUUCCUGGCCGUGACAAUAACAUGGCAGACUAUCUGUCAAGGACAGUCAACUCUCUUGAAAAAGUCUCCAAUGAGGAGAUAUCUAGGAUUAUUUCUGCGCAUCGAGAGUGUGGGCAUGCCUGCCCAGCAGUAACCUAUGUUCACAUGAAGAAUAACAAUCUAGGGUUGAUUCCAGUUAGAAGAAUUAAGGAAGUUUUAGACAACUGUAAGCAAUGCAUUCACAAUAAUCGGGGCAGAGUCCAUGAAAUGAGGGCUAUUAGCCGAGGAGAGCCUUUCGGCAUGAUCGGAAUUGAUUGCAUGGGGCCACUCCCCAAAACAGCACACGGAAACAAAUUUAUAAUCCUUUGUACGGACUAUGCCACAGGAUGGGUCGAAGGGAUUUCAACGAAGAACAAAUCAGCUGACAACGUCAAGCGUCUGCUGUGGAAAAACAUAUUCACUAGAUUUGGACCACCGUCUGAAAUAAGAUGUGAUUGUGGUAGGGAAUUUACAAGCAGUCUGAUUCGGGACUUGGCCCGUGACUGGAACUGUAAAAUGCGAUAUUCGGCCCCUUAUGCUCCCUACUCAAAUGGUCGUAUUGAGAGGACCAACCAGAGUAUUAUUCUGAAGCUCAGCAAAUUAUUGGAGGGCAAGUUCGACUGGGACGAAUUACUGGAGCUUGCAUUGUUUUCUCAGAGGAUAACCCCUAAUGCAAGGAGUGGGAUUUCACCAUACCAAUUAGUGUUUGGGCGUGAGGUGUUUGAACGUGUAAACACGUUGACGCUGGAUGACAAAGAGUUGUAUGAGCUCAAACGAGCACAAUUCAUGAGUAACCUCGAGAGAAUUAUGACUAAAAAUGAGUUGCAUGAGCAACAACUUGAAGCAAGGAAUAAAGGUCGGUCACCGGCUGAUGACCUAAAGGAGAAUGAUCUGGUGGUGUACAAAACCAAGGAAAUUACAAAUAACAAGUUCGGACAGAAAUUUAUUGGCCCGUUUACAGUGGUUAAAACCCAUGGCCACGGGACUUGCAGCAUCAGAAGCAUUGAAACAGGUUGUGUAAUCAAAGCUGCCCGCAAGGAUUUGAAGCCAAUCAAUCAGGCUGAUUUAGAUCGAGUAGAGUCAGUCAUGGAAGCAGGUAACGGUGCAUCUCACGGGGGAGGAAUGUUGCCGUUCAAUCCGAUUGUCAGAUUGAAGACAAUGCGUCGUGUCUGA